UAGUAACAAUCAGGGGCGGACUGAGCAUUUGGAAACUCGGGCACUCCCCGAGGGCCCGGGGUCAGUAGGGGGCCCCAUGAGAUGCCCCUGGUACCUUUUUCAUAGGCUUUUUUGAGUUUGGGCAAGGACACAGGGGCCCCGUGAUCCCCUAUUGCCCGGGGGCCCCAUGAGUUGUCAGUCUGCCCCUGUCCACCCCUGCUCAUCAGUCUGUUGCUGCUUCUUCACUGUCCAAUCACAGGCAGGAAAAGUAAGAGCCCUAUCUGUGUUGCUUGAUGUGAUG